UACCCCGGCAGAAAAUUUAUCAGAGAAGAAUGCAACUAGUAAUUCAGACAGCUAUGAAAUGUGCCACCCACAGAUGUCAUUCAAACUACACAGAAAAGAUGGAGGGUACACAAAAGAGGUGGUGUCUCCUGGGGAUAAGAACAAGCCAGCACAAUGAGACCAUGCGCACAGUGAACUGGCAAACCAACUUGAGGCGUCACCCAUUCCAUAUCAAAAACAAAAUCAGAGACUGAAACAAGAUCCAGGCUCCAACAAAAUGGACAAUUUCCAAGUAUUUGAAAAGCUUCAAACAGCUGUGGUAAGGAAGAAAAGUUUCACAGUCCAGGGUGAGGCAAAUGCAUGAAAACAACCUCUUCUGUAACAAAACAGAACGGACUCUUUUGCAAAGCCAGUAGGAGCAAUACUGGUCAGGGAUCCAGGACUAGCUCCCUAUGUGAAAUUAUGUUUGAAGAAAACCCGACUUCAAGAUAUUUAAUCAGGUCUACCUGCCCAGAAGAGUCCCAAGAAACUAACACAGCCACUUCCAAUGUUUUGGGGCUACAGGAAAACUUGGGACAUGGCCCAGGGGACAAGAGCAGUGAAGGAUCUCCUACUGCCAAUGACUUCUCAGCAAAUUCAACUUCAGUGCAGCACUAUCUUGUCAGCCUAAAGAAGCAGAUGUCCAGGCAGAAGGCAGAGUAUGAAGCUAAAAUUACAAGCCUGGAGCAGCGGAACAAAGAGCUGCAGUCAGAGAUUAAGGAUCUGCAUUCAAAACUGUGUCAGCAACGAAAGUGGUACAGUCUGGUGGAGAUUAAAAUGCGAAAUGCAGAGAGGGCACGGGAAGAUGCAGUAAGAAGAAAUGAAAUGCUCCAGAAGGAAAUGGAAGAGUUUUUUGAUACUUUUGGGGAAUUAACAAAUGAUGUGAAGAAGACAGAGCGAAAAUUGUUUGAAGUUUUUAAAUCAAUUAACUAGAUCAGUUUGCAAAAGAGUUGAUAUUUGAUUAAAUAGUUACUGUCAUUUCAAUGCAAAAAUUAGAUUCCUAACCACAAAAUAAGCUUAGUACUACAAACUAAACUUUGUUAAACUUUUAAUACAAUAGGGAAUAAAACUGCAGUAUUUAAUAAACCAA